CGAACCUCGUGCCUCGGCCGUCAAGCUGGCGCAGUCUAUACGAACCCAAACCUGUCCUUGUGAGAGUCUGGAAGAGCAGAGCAAGAAGACGGCCCGCCGUGUCUACAAGCAGUUCUGGCGGACCGUGAUGAUCUCGCGGAAACCUGAGCCCACAGCACCCUCGAUACGAACCAAUUCCACCAUCUCGUCGCCCGCGUCGUCCCUCGACGAGUUCGACGGCUACGACGUCAAAAUGGCCUUCUCGGACUGCCAAAAAGCUCCGUUGACCGUCUCGAUACCCAAGAACAUCCCCAGCCCUCACAGCCGGAAACCCAACCUGGCCGAGAUCCUCGCCAACAAUGCCCCCCCACCGUACACAUUAUCGUCCUUUAUGGCCUUCCUGUCGCAGAACCACUGUUUAGAGAACCUCGAGUUCACCAUGGACGCAUCGAGAUAUCGCAAGCACUACUCCAAGAUGGUCAAUCGUCACCCCGGGACACCCAUCUCUCCCCUGUCGGACGAGUGUGCAUACGUUCUUAUGCUCUGGCGCCGCUUAAUCGACGCGUACAUCCGGGAGUCUGGCCCUCGUGAGGUCAACCUCCCUGCCGAAGUCCGUGACAGGCUCCUGGCUCUGUCUGACUCUUAUGUGCCACCUCACCCAUCUACGCUGGACGAGGCUGUUGCCAAGAUCUACGAACUCAUGGAGGAGGGUGUCCUUCUGUCCUUCUUGAACUCCGUCAGCCCUCAGAGUGCACACCCUAGCCUCAUGAGUCACGAGAGUUACAAUGCUAGCGUGACACGGUCGUCCACACGCAGCUACGAUGAGCGAAGCACUGUCUCGCAAAAGUCAUCGCACGUUUCUGCCCAUCAGCGUGCAUCAGCACCAUCAUCGCUGACUGCUGGCUUCAUGCACUCACGUCCCUUCUCCCACUCCCGCUUCCAUUCUCAACCCACAUCAUCCGCCUCUCUCGCUACUCGCGUCACAUCCGGCUACACCAGCGGCAGCGAUGCGAUGACGGAUGAUACUGGCAGUGCAAGCCCCUCAAUGACCGACCCUCUCACUCCUCCUGGUACACCGCCCAUGAGCGACUACCCCUUGGCCGACCCUACCCACAUCUAUGGCGAGAGUGGAACUGCUAGCGGCACUCCCAGCCCCCGCACAAGCCGCGGAGAGCACAAUGGCAUCGGCGCUGCGACAAGAGAUAGCUGGAAGCGUGUCAGUAGCAAGCUCUGGCCCAAGAAAAAGAGCGGCGGCCAACUGCGAGAGGACGAGCACGCUGUUGUCGAUUCACCUGGAGGCUUCAUCUAAAUGAACACCUCGACACCAUCCACUGAGGAUGGAAACAUUUCACCGAAUUUCUCACAUUGAAAAGCGAUCACGGUUACGAACAUGCGAUUUCAGCGACCUGCAUACAAACGGCAUUUGGGCUGCAUAUACUCGGCGUUUCGAUU